AUGGCCUCCGUCCUCCUACUGCUGCUUCUCUUCUCCGUUCACUGGUCGGGCCGCAGCCACGCUUUCAGCCUCAUGAACUACCUCUGCAACAACGGCAGCUCCUACGCCCUUAACUCCACCUACCGCUCCAACGUCGUCGCGCUCCUCGGGUCCCUGUCCGCCAACGCGUCCAGCUCCGCCGUAGGCUUCGCCACCGCCACGCUCGGCCACGCCCCAGACCAGACGUGGGGCCUCGCGCUCUGCCGCGGCGACGUCAACGGCAGCGGGUGCGCGUCCUGCCUCGCGCUCGCGCCGGACACCGCCUUCGAAGACUGCAGGGGCGUCAGGGACGUGUCCAUCUACUACGACCGCUGCCUCCUCCGGUACUCGGACACGGACUUCCUGGCCAGCCCGGGCAAUGCCGCGGAGCCGGUGCAGUACAGCCCCAACCUGAAGGUGAACGUCACCGCCGACCCCGGUCGGUUCGUGGGGCUCGCGGCCGACCUCGUGGCCGCGCUGUCCGCCUGGGCGGCGCGGAACUCGACGGCGAGAUACGCCGCCGGGGUGGUGACCUCCGCCAAAGGGUUCACGACAACGGACAGCAACUUGGUGCACAACAUCUACGGGCUGGUGCAGUGCACGCCCAACCUGGCUCCCGAGGCGUGCCUGGCGUGCCUCGGCAGGCUCAAGGACGAGAUGCCGGCCGUGUUCAACGGCUCAGCCGGCGGCCAGUUCAACGCGGUGUGGUGCAACCUGAGAUUCCAGGAUUUCCUCUUCUAUGACAGCAGCCCGGUAGUGAAGCUUGUUGCGCCUCCGUUGACGCCGGCUCCGCCGGGUGCAGCAGUCCACGACGAUGCAAAGAGGACAAGGGGAACAGGAUAUGCAGCAACAGUAGUGGCCAUUGUUCUCGGGGUCCUAGUUGUCCUCCUCCUGUCCACGUUCAUGAUCUACCUCUGGAGAAAAGCACAAGUAAAACGAUAUGCGGAGGAAGCUGACGAUUCCGGGUCGCUCCUCUUUGACCUGGCAACACUGAGAAGGGCAACUGCAAAUUUUGCCGAAGAGAAUAAGCUUGGACAUGGAGGCUUUGGCGCGGUAUACAAGGGUUUCUUGCCUGAUGGACGACAAAUCGCCGUGAAGAGGCUGGACAAGGCUUCAGGGCAAGGCCUGAAAGAGCUGAGGAACGAGCUGCUGCUGGUCGCCAAGCUUCGGCACAACAAUCUUGCAAAGCUUCUCGGCGUUUGCUUGAAGGGACAGGAGAAGCUGCUUGUCUACGAGUACAUGCUUAAUCGAAGCCUGGACACCUUCCUUUUUGGUACAGAACACUGCCACUGUCCUUCCUGUGCUCGACCUCAGGCAUGCCAAUUAAGAAUCUUUGACUCCUCAAGAUGCGAGUAUAUCACUAAUCUUCUUCGUCGAGCAGUAGCUCCGCGAUCUGAAAACUCUGCUGUUUUCAUGCUUGGCAGAGGAUACAUGUCGCCAGAGUAUGCAGUUCUUGGGCAAUUGUCGGUGAAGCUUGACGUUUACAGCCUCGGCGUCCUCAUCCUGGAGAUCGUCACUGGACGGAAGAACACCGACAUGUUGGAAUCAGCAGCAGGAGAAUCCAUCAUUCUGCUGAGCUACGUAUGGGAUCACUGGGUCAGAGGCACCGCGCUGGAGGCCGUGGACCCGUUCUUGGAUUGCCAGGCCCCGGAGACGGAGAGCGAGGUGAUGAAAUGCAUCCAUCUGGGGCUGCUCUGCGUGCAGGAGAACCCGGCGGACCGCCCUACCAUGCUCGACGUCCUCGUCAUGCUGCACGGCCAAUCGUCAGGCGGCUUUGCGGCACCGUCGAAGCCGGCCUUCGCCUUUGCGUUCGGGGAGACGAUGAGCUCUGAUGAGCGGCGUAACGUGUGUUCUGCUGCUGCUGCUGCUGCGUUCUCUUUGAACGGGAUGUCCGUGUCGGAGUUCCAGCCAAGAUAG